AUGUACAAAUACAUUUUGUACAAAUUUUCUGAUGACAAAAAAAAUUUCGUUAUUGAUAAAGCAGUAGAAACGACGUCGCCCGAUGAAGAGGACGGAACCAGUUAUAAGGAAUCAUACGAGAAAUUUUAUACAGAAAUUACUGGAAAAAAUGUUCCUUAUUUCUCUGUUUAUGAUUUUAAUUAUGAAAAACUUGGCGAGGGUCGUCGUAAUAAAAUCAUAUUUAUUGCUUGGAUUCCUACGAAUGCCGAUAUCCAAGAUAAAGUUCUCGCUGCUGCAAGUAAACAAGUAUUGGGAACAAAACUUGGAAUCACAUUUCAAAUAGAGGGAACCGAAACCAAUGAUAUUGAAUUUGAAACAGUCCUUGAUAAAGUUUGUAGACUUAAGUGA